GAUCGAGUCCAACGCUCAGACUUAACAGAGAGUUCAUCAACGCAAAUUAAACACUCAGUCCCUUAUAAUUUGAGGUAUAGGUACGUCUGUAGCCAAGUCGACUGGCUAAGCGGCUAUACACAUAUGUCUUCCUCUUCUUUCUCGCUGCUGCGCAGGAUGAUCCGGUACUACUUCUACGCGUCGUCGUCUUCCUCGGGCCACCAGAAGGAGGCGCUGCUAGUAGCGACCUCGACGACAGCAAGCCAUGGCGACACGAUCCACCCGCUAGCCACGGCUACGCCUCCGGAGCUCGGGACCGCCGCGCGGGAUUCGGAGAAAGCCGGCGUAUCAGGUGGAGACGUCGACCAUGGGCCAUUGGAGCCCCAACGACCCGGCGCGACUUCGACGGAAGGAGGUGGUGGCGGGGUCGUCAGGAAAGUCCAUCGACCAGCCUCCGGAACCGACGGCGAAGGCGAAGGCGGGGGCAGCGAGUUGACUAAUGCACUGGCUGCUGUCCGCAAGCCCGAGGCGUCGUCAGGAAAGCCCGAGAGCGAUUUCUGCGUCGUGGAUAUGUGCAUCAAGGCCUUCAUUUUCUGGUGUCCCCCGUCCUCGCGCCGCAGUGCAUUCCAGGGAUUUGUGUCCCUCGUCUUCCUCGCGUACGGGCUGUUCCUGCACGUGUUCUCGAAGCUCUGGUGCUUGUGGCGCCACCAGAUGUGGCACCUGGCGUCCCGGGGAUAUCGGUGCGUGGCCCCCGACCUCCACGGCUACGGCGGCACCACGCUCCCGCCCGACCCUUCCUCCUACACCGUGCACCUCGUCGCCCUCCACCUCCACCAGGUGUUCGUGGUGGUGCAUGACUGGGGCGCCAUCGAUGGUUGGAACCUGUGCCUACUGCGUCCGGAUCAGGUGCGUGCACUCGUCUACCUCAGCAUCGCCUUCAUGCCCAGGGGUGAGGAAGCCAUGGCCAUGGCCUCCUUGGUCUCCUCCAUCACUCGCCGCUCGCCACUGCUGCUGACUCGCAACUACUGCUUCUUCUCCGGCAGCCUCCUGAGCCUGCAGCUGCAUCGCCAUUCCUCUUCUUAUUCCUCCUCCUCCAGCUGCCAUCAGCAACCACAGCUACAGGUUCCCGGCGCCAAAGAAGAUCAAGAGGGCGCGGCGGAACAGAAGGGAAAGAAGGCUGGGAAUGCGGCAGAGAAGGCACUGCUGGAAGCUGCGGCGACAGCGAGAAGAAGGCCAAGUGCUCCCAAGGGAGACCGCGGCGGUGGCGCUCCAACGAGAACCCCGAAGAGAGGACCUGCGCCGCCUGGUAGUGGCGACCCGAGACAAGGCUCCGGCGGCAAUGGUGGAGUCAUCCAUGCUGCUCCGGCUGCUUCUUCUUCUUCUUCUUCUUCGGCCCCUUAUUCUCGAGGAGGGGACAAGAAGGCUGAAGAAACCAAGUAAAUUGUUUUGCCGACGUGUUGUCAGUUCGUCACUGACCGAUCUGAAGCUAUUAAGCUGAUUAAUUAUGGAGUACUAGUAGUAGAUAUGUGAGUAUGGUUGAUUAUGUUUGAUGAAUGCUACUAAGGAUCAUUCACAAUGAAACGUUUUGUGAUCAGUCGCUGUAUGUGUGUGUGAUGCACAAUCAAUAUUGUAGCAGGCAGGUAACCCAAUUUGUAGCAAAGUGAGUGUUUAAUUUGACUGAUUAAACCUAGCUUACCUCCAAGCUAGAUAUGUAUGCGUUAGCUUGCUAGCUCGGGUUGUAUAUGCAUUGUCAGUUAAUUAAUUAUA